AUGGAGGAAGCGCAGAGGCCAACUUGGAGUGAGGCUGCAAAGGUGGUACCAACAGCUCCCGCACACAAGCUGGCAACAAAGAAAGUGCCACCUUCUGGACGUUCUCCUGCACUGCAGGGUCAGAGCAUGCUGAGUUACAUCCCAAGCCACUCCCUCCAGGCCAGUGCCACAUUUGCCUCGGAUUUUUCUAAAAGGAAAUUGGAAGUCUUACCUUCUCCAGAUGACACAACUGUUCGCUUUUGUUCCUCCAAGUUUUCCAGCUUCAGCUCUUCUCCUACGGGUUCCCCAUCUCCUGCAAGUGUUGGACCAGUGAAAAGUGGGCCAAGGUGCCAUUACUGCUCUUCACCAACUCUGCAUAACUCCUGCGUGAGUCAAGGUGACAAAAUCAUAGACCUCAAGUUGCUGCAAAAAUACCUUCAAAGCAAAGAAGAGAAAGAGCAUAGACAUCAGCUCGAGCUCUCCUGUGGAGGGUCCACAAGUGCCUUCCAGUGGAGCAGAGAAGGAGAUUUCUAUGGCCAGCAGUGAAGUGCUGACUUGCCCAGUGACUGCACUAUUCUUAUGGACCUCUUCCACACUUGCCUGGACUCCAGACUGCCAUCUAGCCCCAAAUAUCCCAAUGCCAAAACCUUCCCUUCCCAACACUUCAUUCAGACACCGGAUCAACCAGCUUUGAUUCACAGACAGACAAAUGAAAAUCUAUUUUCCAUCUACCAGGGCAGCAUCAACCCAUUCCACUGUGAGUUGAUCUGCCAUGACCACAUCUACAACCUGCCCAAGGGCAGAAGCAACAUGGUCCACACAUUGCUUAUGUUACUGUACACCAUAAAGACCAAAGAACUGGGCAUUCUUGGACACAUCAGUCUUGGUGUCUCCGGAAUCAAUGUGCUGUGGAAUUUUGGAGAGUGA